UCCUCCAACUUCUCUUCAUUCUCCUCGUGUUUCUUACUUCAUGAGCUUGUCGACGUCGUCUCCCUCCGCCCUAAUGACGUCGAAAUGCCCUAUCACCCGACUCAAGCCUCGUCUCCCCUUCCUCACCGUCGUCCUUUGCGCCUUCUCCUUCCUCGCUCUCUUCUACACCGAGCGCAUAACUUUCUUCUCCUCCAUCUCCAUUUUCAAACUCAAGUCAUGCCCUCAAAAACCCGCCUCCUCGAAAACAAGGGAGAAGCCAACGGCGGAGGAGCGAUCGACAAACCCGUUAACGGACGACCGAUUCGAAUUCGACCCGGAGGAGUGCAACAUAGCGAACGGGAAGUGGGUUUUUAACCGGUCGAUGAAGCCAUUGUACACGGACCGGUCGUGCCCGUAUCUAGACCGGCAAGUGUCGUGCGUUAAGAACGGGCGGGUGGAUUCCGAUUACCGGCGGUGGGAGUGGCAGCCGGAGGAUUGCACAUUGGCAAGAUUUAACGCAGAGAUUGCUUUGAACAAGGUGAGGGGCAAGAGGGUGAUGUUCGUCGGAGAUUCGCUGCAGCGCGGCCAGUGGCAGUCGUUUGUUUGUAUGGUUGAGUGGAUGAUUCCGGCGGAUAAAAAAUCUCUCAACAGAGGCUCAUUUCUCUCUGUUUUUACCGCUAAGGAAUACAACGCUACCAUUGAGUUCUACUGGGCUCCAUUUCUAGUGCACUCAAAUUCGGACAAUCCGAUCAUCGGAGAUCCAAAGCAAAGAGUAUUGAGAGUAGACUCAGUUGCCAACCAUUCCAAACAUUGGACGAAUGUCGAUAUUCUUGUCUUCAAUUCCUAUGUAUGGUGGAUGAGUGUCGCUAAAAUUAAAUCUUUAUGGGGAUCGUUCGAGAAUGGAGAAGAAGGGUACGUAGAAUUUGAUACACCAAUUGCUUAUACAAUGGGAUUGAAGACUUGGGCCAAUUGGGUUGACUCUAAUGUUAAUCCCAAUAUGACACGUGUUUUCUUUACCACUAUGUCUCCAACUCAUACAAGAAGCAUGGAUUGGGGGAGAGUGAAUGGGAGCAAAUGCUUCAACGAAACAAAGCCGAUACGAAACAGAAACUUCUGGGGGAGUGGCUCCGACAAAGGAAUGAUGAGUGUGGUCUCCAAAAUAGUGAACAAAAUGAAGGUUCCGGUCACAUUCAUCAACAUUACGCAGCUUUCCGACUACAGAAUCGACGCCCAUUCCUCCAUCUUCACCGAAACCGGCGGCAAGCUGCUAACGGCGGAGCAGAAGGCCGACCCUCUCCGCCACGCCGACUGCAUCCACUGGUGCCUCCCCGGCGUCCCCGAUACUUGGAAUCAAAUCCUUUUCGCACAUUUGUAGCAAUAUAAACCAACAAGGUACCCAAUCUUGAAAUGAAAUGAUUUCAAUUGUGCAACAAA